GAGACGUCUUGGAGAUGUCUGUCAGCGCAGUCUGUUCCUGGAAGAGGAGGCCGGCUAUCUUUGUCUUCUGUUCGGUAGUGUUUGUCGUGCUCCACGCUCCUGGAACAAAAGGCCACGGCAGGCUCAUCGAACCGCCUGCAAGAAAUUCCAUGUGGAGGAUAAGCUACAACACGCCUCCUAACUUUGAAGACACGGAGCUCUUUUGCGGAGGCAUAAAGGCCCAGUGGGAGGACAACGGCGGCCGCUGCGGCGUCUGUGGCGACAACUACGCGCACCCCCGGCCACGACGCCACGAGACCGGCAACAUGUACGCGCGCAACGUGACGGUGCGCCGCUACGCACCCGGGCAGCUCGUCGACCUGGUCGUCGACCUCGAGACCAACCACCUGGGACACUUCGAGUUCGCGCUCUGCCCCAGGGCAUCGUGGCAAGAGGCCGAGAGUGAGGAGUGCUUUGACAUGCACCCACUGACUGUGGUGACUGCCAGCGGACCCGCACGCAGGAAAUCGGCCUUCUACUGUGCCGAACCAAAGACCCGCUACCGGCUGCCCACCGCCGCCAACGGACUCUACAUGAUUCAAGUCCAGCUGCCAGAGAAGCUCACCUGCGAGUACUGCGUCCUGCGCUGGCACUGGAGAUCUGCGAACAACUGGGGCGACUGCGGCGACGGCAAGAUGGCGCUCGGCUGUGGACCCCAGGAGACGUACCGCAAUUGCGCUGACGUCGCCAUCGGGCACCGCUUCGGGCUGCGUGGGCCUCUGGGAGCCAACGCCGUGCCUAAGCGGUUUGGAGCCACCAAGCCGAGGAAGGUCAACGUCCUAUAAAGAAGUCCAAGAAGCCAAUUACCACAUGGUUGAAACGCACACAAUUUUCUUAUUUAUUUCACAAUUACGUUCCCUUUCUUGCUUUUUUGUUCAAGAAAGAAUCACCUUGCAAUGUUGUUUAAUGUACAUUUUUCAGAAGGUCUAUUGUAUCGAUAAAUAAACCAAGGAGCCGGCCAAACCUGUGGUUUGUAGCUGGCGGCA